AUGAAAGUGUUCCUAGUUAACAUCAAAAUGGGGUCCAUCUAUUUGUUACUGUUUAUUGGUAUUUGUGGUCAGUUUGGAAAGGUGUUAUCAAACGAAAAUGACAAGAAGAUUUGUGUAUCCGAAGAUUUUAUGAGAAAGAUGAUGAAAGGGUGCUGUAAAAACUCCGAGCCCGCUCAUAAAGAGAGACCUGUAUUUUUUGCAUCCCUGAAAACGCACCCGUUUACGCUUAAUGGAAUAAAUGAUGUAGUUAAGUUUGAUGACGUCCGGAUAAACAGGGGUGAUGGAUAUAAUCCUUCCACUGGAGUUUUUACUGCACCGAAAAGUGGAUUAUAUCAGAUAUCAUGCAUGAUCCUUGGAGAGGUCUCAAAUAUUGUACAGUUCAGUUUGAUAAAAAAUGAUACAGUUUAUAUCUAUGGGCAUGUUAACAAGGGUUAUGACUCCCAGACAAUAAAUUCAAUCAUCGACCUGACAAAAAGGGACCGUGUUUAUAUAAAACACAGAGCAAAUGGAGUACAGAAGAUUUGUGGUAAUCAUCAUUCAACCUUUUCAGGCAACUUUUUACCAGAAUAAAAAAUAUCGAUGUUU